AUGCGCAUGGCGAUGAUUGUCGAGUACGAUGGAACCGAAUACAGUGGAUUUCAGUACCAGAAGAACGCCCGCACCAUCCAGGAGGAGAUUGAAAAAGCAAUAGAGUCGCUCACUGCGGAAGCGGUCAGGAUCAAGGCGGCGGGUCGCACCGACGCCGGUGUCCACGCGCUGGGUCAGGUCGUAGCAUUCGAUACGGAGGCUCCUUACGAUCCCGCGACCGUUCUGAGGGCGCUGAACGCAAGGCUCCCACAGGACAUAGCCGUGAGAUCGGCCCGAAGAGUGAGUCCGGAGUUCGAUCCCCGUCGCGACGCUGUCAGUAGGCUGUACAGGUAUACGGUCCUGGUGUCCGGGGUGAGGUCACCGCUGAUGAGGCGCACGGCCCACAGGAUUCAGCGUCAGCCGGACCUGGAAUCCAUGCGAGCCGCGGCAGCACACAUGGAGGGAAUCAACGACUUCGCCAACUUCGGCGGAGCACUUGAGAACCUGGAGGCCAGCACGAUCAGGCGGAUCGACAGGAUCGACUUGGAGACCGACGACAGCCUGGUCAAAAUCGAUGUGGAGGGAAACGCGUUUCUCCCCCACCAGGUGCGCAGAAUGGCAGGCGCGCUGCUGGACGUAGGAACGGGCAGACUGACAGUAAGCGACGUAUCGAAGCAGAUUUCAUUGGCCGGCGAUGCUCCGCCGGCGCGGGCACUUCCUCCGAACGGGUUGUGUCUAAUCCGAGUGAAUUACAUAGACGGCCCGGUCUGA